UACACUUUUUACCUGAUAAUGUUCCAUUUUCUCAGCUUGAUGUAUGGCUCUGUCACCUCCUGUUUCAUAUUUGGUUUAGUCAUGCUGAUUUGCUUGAUGCACUUGAUAAAUGCAUUUAAGAUGAAAAAUUAUAAUCUUCCUCCUGGUCCAACUUCGUUACCUGUCAUUGGAAACCUGCACUUGUUGAAUCUCAGGAGACAGGACCUCUCCCUUUUAAAGCUUUCAGAAAAAUAUGGCCCGAUAUUCACCAUUCACUUGGGCAUGAAAAAAGCUGUCGUCCUCACAGGACUGGAAACCAUAAAAGAGUCCUUGGUGGAAGCUGGGGAUACAUUCUCCGACAGGGCCACCUUGCCAAUAUUUUAUGCCAUCCAGCAUGGAAAUGGUGUGUUUUUUACAUCGGGAGAAAUGUGGAGGACAACAAGAAGAUUCACAAUCACCAGCAUGAAGAACCUUGGAAUGGGCAAGAGGACAAUUGAGGACAAGAUAGUAGAGGAGCUCCAGUUUCUAAAUGACAAAAUUCAGUCUUUCAAUGGUAAACACUUCAAACUGAGAGAAUUUGUCUGUGCACCAACAAAUAUUACAUUUGCUAUGAUAUUUGGUAACCGGUUUGACUACAAGGAUCCAACCUAUAUGCGUAUCCUGGAUCUAAUUGAUGAUAUUGUUGUUCUGCUUGGCUCACCCUACUUACAGAUAUUUAACUUGUAUCCUGUGCUUGGGACCUUUAUGAAGACUCACAAAAUAAUACUGGAUAAGGUUGAUAAAAUAUGUAUGGUGCUGAAAGACGAUAUUAAGGCCAAACGGCAGACAAUAGAUCACAACUGCUUGCACACAUUUAUUGAAGCUAUCAUUGCCAAGCAGGAAGAGGAAAAGACCAAUAAGGACACAUUGUUCCACGAUGAUAAUGUAUUGGCCACUGUACUGGACCUGGUUAUGGCUGGCACAGAGACCACCUCUACAACACUGCAGUGGGGAAUAUUGUUGAUGAUGAAAUAUCCUCACAUACAAAAAAGAGUGCAAAAAGAAAUCCACACGGUUCUGGAAUCAAGAUGUCUUCCAAACUAUGAAGACAGGAAAGCCAUACCAUAAACCUUGGCAGUGAUAUAUGAGAUCCAAAGGUUUGCCAAUGUUAUUCCCCAUGUCCCUCAUGCCACAGCGAAAGACGUUAAGUUCAAGGGUUAUCACAUCCCCAAGGGCACCAUUGUAAUCCCGCUGCUUUCAUCCAUUUUGUAUGACCAGCGCCACUGGGAGAAACCAUACCAGUUUGACCCCAAUCAUUUCCUGGAUUCAGAGGGGAAGUUUGUGAAAAAAGAGGCUUUUGUGCCAUUCUCCAUAGGACGCAGAGUAUGCGUAGGAGAGAGCUUGGCAAAAAUGGAGCUGUUUAUAUUCUUCACAGGAUUACUUCAAAAAUUCACAUUCUCGGCUCCUCCAUCUAUAAUGAAAUAUAACUUGGACCUUGAUGCGGAUCCAUGUUUCACUUUGAGGCCUCAGCCUCACCUGGAGUGCUGUGCUGAGUUGAAUGUGCCACUCGUCAGUACACAAACCACCCAGCCUUCCCUAUAA